UUUUGAUACUCUUGUGACCAAACCUGCACUGAUUGUUGAGUUUACAUCUAUUCCGGCACCAGCUAAUGAACUGGUGGUGCUUGUUUAAUUAAUAAGUUAUCGUUGAAUCGCUAGUGAAUGAACAGUUUUUGUCAACACUAUAAAUGCCGGAUGAGUUUAUCUACCGUACGACCGUAAACAGGAAACAAUGCUGACGUCUAUUUGUCACCGGAAUGGAAGCUGAAGAUUAAAUCUAAUUGUUAAUGGAGAAACUUUGAAAUACUUCAAUGAAUAUAGCGAAACUGAUAGAGCAGGGGAGAGAGAUUUACGGUUAUGGAUCGUUGGCCAUAUUUAUUGCAGCGAAGUCAUUCUCCUCAGAAGACGUUGAUGUUUCAAAAGUGACACAGAAGUAUGCAACUGCGUCACCGGACUCAACAAAUAGUGCCUGUGACGAUGAUUCGUUUGUGUUUAUAAAGAUCAAUUGACAACUUUGAGGCUGACAACUGAAAACGGUGCCAGAGUUUUGUCAGCGAAAUAUUCUCUCAGUGCAAGUGGCAUCAGUGUUUCCCGCGGAAACGCCCCUUAUAUGAUGACCUCGUAUGGCAUCGAUAGUCCACAGACUGAUUCUGAUGGGUCUAGGUUUUAUAGAACAAAGACACUGUGUGGUCUUUUGGAGCAAUAUCUCUCGGAAACGUCAUUAUCUUCGUUUACAGAAAUUUCAUCCUGUCGGCAAAACAUGGAAGCGAAAGAGCUAGUUAGUAUCCUCAACGAAGAAGUUGAAGAACAUAAGACUUCUCUCGCACCUCCCCCACUUCUUCAUCGACCCACAAAGCGAUCCCUGGAGCAUAGCCAAAUGAAUGUUACAUCGCCAGACUCUAAGCACCCAAGACUGGAGAGUUGUUCUGCUUAUUUUGAUCAUCAAACAGGGCGAGUGCUGAAAGAGCCUUUCGAUGUCAGGGAACAAAUGUUCGAGAGGACUCGUUCGCUUGAAAACUCACUGAAGCCAUCAUUACCCCCUCCACCGCUGCUGAAGCAAACACUAGUGAACACAAAUGGACAAAAAUCCCAGAUAACUCCACACAUUCCACAGCAUAGAGAGAUUUUUCACCACACAACUGCUAAAUGGAGCACGAUAUUGGAUAGUGAUCAAUGUGAGAAUAAAAUAGCUCUUCUGCAAAAUGCUACAAUUAGCAACAGAGUUCUUGAUCAUAGACUUCAGAUAAAGGAAACGGAUGAUAGGAGAUAUUCGUCAUCUGCAGGGAACGCCGGGAAACAUAAAGCUUCCACAGCGCAACCUGUUCCGCGACAAAUAACAACCGAUGAUCACUCGUCUUGUGGGGGGUAUGCCUUUGAUCAUAUGGCGAUGCCAAAAAUUGUUGCAGUGCAUUCCGUUUCAAAGAGCACACGAGAUGAGGACGAAUGGAAGAGAAAUAAAGCCUUCAUUUCCAAAGUUAAAGCCGCUCAAGAUAGAUCAUUCCACUGUCAGACGCCCGUUGAAGUGCAUGGACAAACAAGAGAGAAACUGCAAGAAAUACCCCCCGUCAAAACUAGACUAGUCACAUCGCAAGAUCAACAAAGUUCUCUUCAUGACCACCACUGGCAGAAGGGAACAAGUCACAGCUCUUCUGCUGGCCUUAAGGACAGAUCCACAGAUGUUUCCUUUGAGCGCUUUGCGCUUUAUCAUCUCCUUUCAAAAUUCCAAGGAAACGUUGAGCAAGUGAAACGUGCUUUAAAGGAGAACCUGCUGAAGGAAUGGUUAGAGUAUUCCCAGGGAAAUACUGAUCCUAACAAACAAAUGCUAAGUGGAGUGAAUUUAAGUGAGCUGCGCAAACUCUAUGACGCCUGGUGUACGUUAAAAAAGAGCCAAAGAGAGAAUGAGACUCAAAGUGGAUGCCUGGCGAACAUUUUGAAUUCUCAGAAUUUCGAGCAGCAUAGAGUAAAAAUAAGCUCUGAAUUAAGCGUUCGAAAGAACCAUGAAGUCUGUAAAAGUAACUCUCGACUUUCCCCUAGUACGCAGCUCUCCAAUGCAAUUUGUCCAGGAUAUCUUUCUCCACGAAAUAUCUCAAAAUCGGUCCAAGCAGGACAUCGGACGUCUUUGAAUCCUUCUCCCGUUCCUUUGAAUCCACAGCGAAUACGCAACAAUGUCACCGGUGAAAACACAAGAAGCAUGCCCAUGCAACACUCCCCUAUGCUUAUCCAAGAAAAGAUUUCUAGUUUGUCACAAAGCUCAAUAUUAAAUCCGACAAUUGGCUCCAAAUCCACCUUUUCACCUGUUGGGGCUUCUUUCCGAGGCCACGAUAAGACAGCAGAAUGUAUCAAACUUGAACAAGUGCAACCGAAAACCAAUCAGGUUUUCAGUUACGAUGAUAAAGAAUUGGCAUUUGAUGGUCCAAAUAAAGAUGUAGCCGACUCUAUCGUCGAUCACAUAAGUCGUGUCUCUAGAACCUCUCAGAGAACAGACGUUGAGAAAGAGAUAAAGAGUGGUUCAAACCUUUCGAUCCGUGCUUCUGUUCUUUGGCAUUUUCCAGAAAGAACUUCCAGGCCAGCACAAAAGGAAUCGUUCUCUUUUGUUAAUUCACCCACAACAACAGCAUUUUGUAACAGCUUUGUCAGCAGUUCAUCCAGGGCCGAAUCCGACCAAUCUGGUCCUCCUGCUGCAGAAAAAGCUAUACAUUCAGACUCCCGUAGUACUGAAAUUUCCAGCGGUCACGAAACAAAGGCAAGCUAUCUCUGGCGCUUCAAAGGGGGAAGAUUGAUUAGUGACAACAUGCCUAGUCUCUACACAGGUAAAACGAUAACUGAAGUUGAGUUUGCCGGCCCCACAGUUGAUGCGCGGAUGAGAAAUGAGGUUAAAGAACCUGAAGUUGUGGUAAAACGCGAAAGGACCCCUGAGAAGCAGUCAUGCCACAGAGAUUCAAGCUGGAAGUCCAUUCCUCAAGCGAGUCCGCUUGUUAGUUCAGCGGUAGAGCAGGAACAUAAGAAAGUGUGCGGCGCUGCAGCUUCCGGUAGGCGGUGCUACUGUGUUGUGGGACCCAAGUGUCGUCCACAAAUGGAGAAAACAUCAACUGAUCCUCUUCAAAGUAUGCAAAAUAUGAUAAAUAGAGCAGCAGAAAGUUCACCGAGAUGUCUUGCCCCGCAAAUCUAUCCUCAAAGACCAGACAUUGCAGUAAAAUCAGAAAAAAAUAUUGUAGCCACAAACAGUGCACAGGUAUACCAGCAGCCCAGCACUAUCGUGCGGAUUUCAGCUAAUGCACAUGACCACCAACAAUCCCGAGCAUCAGUCAGUGUUCCAAAUAAUGGGCAACCUGGUCGGCAAUCUACAGCUAACUUCCAUUUUGCCAUAAGCUCGCAAGAAAAACAGCAAUCCUAUAAUACUGUCAAUGUAACAAGUACUGCCAACAGAAAUCUACAACCCACCGUGAGUCUUCAUGUUUCACCUGCUGCUAAGUCAAGUAGUCUCAAUGUUUCGAGUAACGAGCAGGUUAACCGACCCUCCAGUGCUGGCCUACGUGGUUUAGGAAAUGCAAAAGAAAAAUCCAGUUUCAACGUCCAUCUGUCAUGUGGUGAGCAGAAAAACCAACGACCCAACUCAACUAACACACAUGCUCAGUAUAAUGAACCAAUCAAACAUCAACUUAUUGCCAACCAGCAAGAAUUUCCUCGUGACGAAGAAGUGAACAGUCUGUUAAUCCCUCGCUCACAGAUCAAGCAGCAAACUCAAAAUGAUGCUGGAAUGAAUACGUUACGCCCUGUCCGCGAAGCAAACCAACAAGUUAGCCGGCAAUCAAACCCAAUUCGCAACCCUGAAAACACCAUUCAAACAGCUCAGCUUACAGAUGGUUCUCAUAUCGAACAGGAAAACCAACAGUCUAACAUACAACACACAGUUUCCAAGACUCCUGCGAAAACCAUGGUUAGGAUAGCGCCAAAGUUGGAAACUGGUGCUGCCCGUGAAAAAGAGAAACCCAAGAAAGCUGAAAAAGUCAACGAUAAACAGUGCAGUUUUCUAACAUCCCAUCCUCCAAAGAAGCAGUACACUUCUUUGCAACAGCUUGCUAAUAAAGUUAUCGAGACAAGACAGAGAUUCGAGAUGGAGAGCAUUCCGUGGAAGAAAAAGAUCUUGAAAUCUCUCGAAGCUGUACUGAUGAAGCGAUUGAGAAAAAUAGAGAGAGAGACUGGGGAGCAGGCCAAUCUAGAUAGCGAGAAAAUUUCUGAGACUGAAAAGAAUAAAAUCGGACAUCAGAAAGAAAAAUAGAAAGAGAAAAGAAAAGUG